AUGAUUGGCGAAUCUCGACCGUCGUUGAAACACCAAGUUUCUAGCGACUCGUACGGGUCCCAUCGCACUGUUGGCAGCCAGAGCAGCAAUGCCAGCUCAACGAGAAAGCUGCUCUUUGGGGAGAUCCCCACACCGGUCGAAGCUCCUGGGAGUCGGUCGCUUCGAUCCAACAGCUCGGUAUGCAACCUCGUGAUGUCAACCAGCUCGGCAUUCCUCAGAUUCUGGCUGUCGGAGCCCUGCCGCAACGCCUUCCUGGCCCAUGUCGACAAGUCGGAUCUCGCCAACUGCCGUCUUGUCUGCCACGACAUGAGCAGUCGCGCCGCCCCUUUUCUGUUUGAAGACAUCACCGUAACCUUCCGACCGAGCACCUUUGGCAGGCCCGCCCGUAUGGAAGCCCUGGAGAGCAUCGGCCACCACGUGAAGUCCAUGACAUUCCGCAUGCCGCACUCCUCGGACACCUUCCUCCCGCCACUCAUUGAUCCCGUGACCGCCGAGCAGAAGAGCCUGGUCUACGAGCCGCAGAUCCACAAGCCGCCAACCCUCAUCGGGAAGAUGAAGACUCCCAAGUACGGCUCCUGGGAAAUGACCGACCUUCUGAUCAAGCAGUAUCCUCCCGUCUUCCAUGCCGCUACCAACGUUCCUGCUUUCAUCCGAGCCCUGCAGGCACUUCCAGGCCUGGUCAACCUGAAGCUCGACUGCCCCGACCAGGAAUCUUCACAGCGCCAUCGACGUAGUGCCGUCGAUUACGCACUAAUUUCGCUGCGCAUCGCCGUCGAGCGUGCGCAGCUUCCGGAACUGGACUCGCUGACCAUCAAGGCCAUGCACCCUGCCGGCCUCCUGUACCUCCAGCCAACCAUGGGUCCAGGUUCCACCCCCGCAUCGAACAGGAGAUGGCGACAAAUCAAGAAGCUCGCGAUUCACCUGGACAGCCAGCCUUACUUGGAGGGGUCGUCGUCGGAACAUCUCCGUCUCCUGCAUUCGUAUCUGCGGACCUUCUCUCACUCUGUCACCAAGCUGCUCUUCCGCUGGAGCGGCGAGAAAGGACCUUCGCCCCUUUCCUUGGACCUUGAACCCGGCCUGUCACCCCCAAGCACGCCGGAGUCGGGUGCGAGCCGACCCACUGGCAUCCGCGCGCUCAAGUUCCCCAACUUGCUCUUUUUGGAACUCGAGAACGCGGUCAUGGACUCGUCCCAAAUUAGCACUUUCAUUCUUCGCCACCGCCGCUCCAUCACCGAGUUUAAUUUCGAAGACGUUUCCCUCCGCACGGGCACGUGGGACGAUGCUCUGGCGCCGCUCACGCGCAUCGCGGGCAGCGAAGAGUGGAAGAACCGUGCGGAAGAGGUUAUGGACGUGCCGAUUAUCCUGAGCCCGGUUGACGAGAUCAAGCCGGACCUGCUCAUCACGGACGAGCUAGACGACCUCAAGAACACGCCAGAGUCGAGGUCGGUCAGCAAAUGGUGGUCGCGCACCCGCAGCAGUAAGGUGACGGCCAAAGCAAAGGAACAGCUUGUCGAAGCCGAAGAACACAUGCGCAAGUUUCUGUUCCCUUGGCGCUAA